AUGAAGCAGACGCAACCGACAUACACAGAGCUUGACACGUUUGUCGCCAACGGAAUCAAGACCUCGGUGUUACGCUUCACAUUGCCGUUGGACUACUCCGCACCGUCCGGAGAGACGGUUCCUGUCGUGGCGAAGAUCGUCAACACCCACCGACGGGGUUCAGCAGGCGUCCGGAUGGAGCAGACCCCUUCGUUCAGUCUCAAGGACGACGUGGGUCGCAACGCGUCGAACCUUGUAGUGUACUUGCAGGGCGGGCCGGGCUUCCCCAGUGCGUUUCCGACGGGCCCGACAGACCCGUCCUUCCUCAAACCGCUGCUCGACCGGAACUACACGGUGGUGCUUCUUGACCAGAGGGGCACAGGGCUGUCGGGCCCCAUAGACACAGAGUUGCUGCUCUCGAAGGGCACGACGCAGCAGCAGUUCGAAUUCGUCAAGCACUUCCGGGCAGACUCCAUAGUGCACGACUGCGAUCGCAUCAGAGAAGUGUUGCUUGGUCCGGCAGGCAGGUGGAGCGUGCUGGGACAGUCCUUCGGCGGGUUCACCGCCGUCACCUACGCCUCGUUCUACCCGCAGACACUCCGGCACGUCAUGUUAACCGGCGGGUUGCCGCCGUUGACAGUCUCCAGCGUCGACGAGGUCUACCAUGCGACCUUCGAGCGCACGAGGGAACGCAACCUUGCCUACUACAGCAGGUUCCCGGGUGACGUCGAGAAGGUACACACGAUCGUCCGCCACUUGGCCGAGAACGUCGUUGUUUUGCCCAACGGCGGUGUCUUGUCCGUCGACAGAUUCCGUGGCCUUGGCCUCAAGUUUGGCGGCUCCGGCGGCACGCUCGGGCUCCACAUUCUCGUUACAACAAUGCACGCCGAGCUCGAAUACGGCAAGCUCAGCUACGCCACCAAGACAACUCUCAUGAACUACCUCGGGUUCGAAACAAACAUCCUCUACUUCUUGUUUCAGGAGGCCAUCUACCUCAACGGCAAAGGCUGCCGAAGCGGCUGGGCCGCCGACAGAGUCCUGGCAGCAACUCCUGCCGACCCUACUGGCCCGUUCAUGUUCACAGGCGAGAUUGUCACACGGUCCAUGCUGGAGUCGCACAAGGAGCUCCAGCCCUUGGCCCCGCUUGCAGAGUACAUCCACGAUUACGACCAGUGGUCCUGCAUCUACCACCUCGACACCUUGCGCACCCUCACCUGGGAAACACUCCCUAUCGUCGCCUCCGUCUACCUCGACGACCAAUACGUCGACUACGAGCUCGGCCGCCGCAACAAGGCCAUUUUUGAGUACAAACCCGUUGUCACCAACCGUCUUUUCCACAACGGCCUUGCUGCCGCCUCGGAGCACGUCAUCGACCAGCUCCACUCCAUCCUCGACUACGGCGAUUACAUGUAG